AUGAGGAAGGACCCUCAAUCCAAGGGCCUAACGGACCGUAAGAUCGGCAUCGCGAUCACGCUAGGCGCGGCACUGGGUGCUCUGCUGGCCGUGUGGCAGUUCAGUCAAGGGGCGGUAUCACCAGAGGAGCGCGAGCUGCGGGGGCUACGGGAAGAAGUUCUCUCGCUCCAGCGCCGCAUGCACCAGCUCAAGACAGAAAAAGCCGACCUCGACAAGAAGCUCCUCGCUGCUUCCGGCGCCGGCGACGACGCAACAGGUGCAGGAGGAACAGCAGCCGAUGCUAUCCCCACAGCAGAAUCCUUCUGGUCCAAUGUGAGAAUCAAAGCCGGGCCAAGAGGGACCGUCCACAGCCAGUCUAAAAACCCCGAGAUCAUCCCAGACCCAUCAGUCAACCCGCAGCUGGCCGCUGUUUUAGAAAAGGUCGCGAUCAACAAGGAAGUGAUAGUCGGGAUUUCGAACAUCAACAUCCGUGCGAUGCUCGAGACGUGGUUCACGCAGAUUCAGCGCGCAGGGAUCAAGAACUACCUCGUGGUGGCCUUGGAUGAUAUGACGCGGCAGCUGUGCGAGUCGCGCGGCGUGCCGGUGUAUCAGCAAGAGGCGAAGAUUGCAGACACGCAGAAAGACGGAGGGGACAACCACGCGAUCUCCAGCUCCAAAUUCCACCUUCUGCGGGAUUUCCUCGUUCUUGGAUACUCUGUGCUGCUCUCGGACAUUGAUAUUGGUUUCCUGCAGAACCCGUUUGAAGGGAACCACCUGUACCGUGAUUCCGACGUGGAAGGAAUGACGGAUGGAUUCACCAACGCGACGGCGUAUGGGUAUGAUGACGUGUUGGAUGAUCCCGUGUUGGGAUGGGGCCGAUACGCGCACUCCAUGCGCAUAUUCGUGUUCAACUCGGGGCUGUUUUACAUCCGCCCGACGGCUGCUUCCAUUGAGCUGCUGGACCGCGUUGCGAUGCGCCUCGCGACGGAAAAGGCGUGGGACCAGGCUGUGUACAACGAGGAGAUGUGGUUCCCGUCGCGGCCGGGGGUUUCUGGGCUGCACAUUUCCCGGCGAGCCAUGGAUUAUUUCAAGUUUAUGAACAGCAAGGUGCUGUUCAAGCAGGUGCGGAAGGAGACAAGUAGGUUUGCGGGGUUCAAGCCGGUGAGCGUGCACGUGAAUUAUCACCCGGAGAAGGAGGCGAGGCUGGUGGCGCUGAUUGAUUAUUAUGAGAAUGGGAACAAGGCUGCUUUGGAUCCGUUUCCGGAUGGGUCUAUUUCGUAG